CUUGGGUUGGAUGGCAAACCAGGACCUCCAGGACCAAAGGGGGACAAGGGUGAUCAAGGAGACAUCGGCCCAAGGAUGGCUUUUCCUCGCCUCAGUCAUGGAUUUCUCUCUGACCAGCAUAUUUUUAGCCGACGAAUCUUUAAGGGUGAGAAAGGAGAACCUGGAGUACCUGGUAUCAUGGGUGAACCUGGUAUUCCAGGGAAAAAAGGUGAUGCUGGAAUCCCCGGAGAACCAGGGAUUCAAGGCCCAAAGGGAGAACAAGGAAGCAGUGGCUCCAAAGGAGAGAAUGGCACAGAUGGGUUACCUGGGCCAAAGGGAGAACAAGGAAGCACUGGCCCAAUGGGAGAGAAAGGCAUAGAUGGGCUACCAGGGCCAAAGGGCGAACAAGGAAGUGCUGGCCCAAUGGGAGAGAAAGGCAUGGAUGGGCUACCAGGGCCAAAGGGAGAUCAAGGAAGUGCUGGCCCAGUGGGGGAGAAGGGCCUAGAUGGGCUACCAGGGCCAAAGGGAGAACGAGGAAAGGCUGGCCCUAUAGGAGGAAAAGGCAUUGAUGGGUUACCAGGGCCAAAGGGAGAACAAGGAGAGCCUGGUCUGAUGGGAGAGAGAGGCAUAGAUGGGUUACCAGGGCCAAAGGGAGAACGAGGAAAGACUGGUCCGAUGGGGGAGAAAGGCAUUGAUGGGCUACCAGGGCCAAAGGGAGAACAAGGAGAGCCUGGCCCAAUGGGAGAAAGAGGCAUAGAAGGGUUGCCAGGGUCAAAGGGGAAACAAGGAAGGACUGGCCUAAUGGGGAAGAAAGGCAUAGAUGGGCUACCAGGGCCAAAGGGAGAACAAGGGGAGCCUGGCCCAGUGGGAGAAAGAGGCAUAUAUGGGCUGCCAGGGCCAAAGGGAAAACAAGGAAGGACUAGCCCAGUGGGGGAGAGAGUCAUAGAAGGUCUCCCAGGGCCAAAGGGAGAACAAGGAAGCUCUGGCCCAAUGGGGGAGAAAGGCAAAGAUGGUCUACCAGGGCCAAAGGGAGAACAAGGAAGCUCUGGCCCAAUGGGGGAGAAAGGCAUAGAUGGUCUACCAGGGCCAAAGGGAGAACAAGGAAGCAUUGGCCCAGUAGGGGAGAGAGGCAAAGAUGGUCUACCAGGGCCAAAGGGAGAACAAGGAAGCAUUGGCCCAGUAGGGGAGAAAGGCAAAGAUGGUCUACCAGGGCCAACGGGUGAAUCUGGUGAAAGAGGAAUGGAUGGACACAUUGGGCCAAGGGGCCCUCCAGGUCCGAAAGGAGAACAGGGUGAUACGGUGGUAAUUGACUAUGAUGGUAGAAUCUUGGAAGCUCUCAAGGCUGCAGGGAAACCCAAAUUGAUGGGCCCUCCAGGUCCCCAGGGGCCACCCGGUCCUCAGGGGGCUCCAGGAGCCAAGGGGGAGCUUGGAUUGCCUGGUACACCUGGAAUUGAUGGAGAGAAGGGUCCUAAAGGAUCAAAAGGAGACCAAGGAAGCCCUGGACUAAUAGGACAGAAAGGAGAAAUAGGAGAAGUUGGAAUAACUGGUCCACCAGGUCCUAAAGGAUCGAAAGGAGACCAAGGAAGUCCUGGGCCAAUGGGAGAGAAAGGAGAGAUAGGAGAAAUGGGCUUGUCUGGUCCGCCAGGAAUUGAUGGACCCAAAGGAGAAGCUGGUGCACCAUGUGAGCAGGAUCUUGUGCAGAGCAUACCUGAACCAGGACCUCCUGGCUUACCAGGUCUACCAGGCCCUAUGGGUCCUCAAGGAAUACAGGGGCAAAAGGGCCCUCAAGGAAUUCAAGGACAUAAGGGUGCGGAUGGUGCAAAAGGUGCAAAAGGUGAAAGUGGUCAUAGAGGAGAAAAAGGUGCCCCUGGACCACAGGGCCCUGCUGGUACACAUGGCCUGAUUGGCUUACCAGGUACCAAAGGGGAGAAGGGAAAACCCGGAGAACCCGGAUUAGAUGGUUUCCCAGGCCUAAGAGGAGAAAAAGGAGAAAAAAGUGAAAGAGGAGAGAAGGGAGAAAGAGGACUGCCAGGCAGAAAAGGAGCAAAGGGGCAAAAAGGAGAACCAGGACCCCCCGGAUUGGAUCAGCCUUGUCCAGUGUUCAUUUUUAAAGGAGAGCCAGGUUUACCAGAACUGGAUGGUGUGGAUAUGCUCUGCCCUUUGGGACCAGAUGGCUUACCAGUACCAGGAUGUUGGCACAAGUGAUCCUACAAGCAUGAACUGUGUAAAUAAUAGUGUGAUAUAUUUUGAUCUUUUCUAAUUUUUAUACCAAAAAAGAAAAGAAAAAAGUCACAAAAACAACAAGUCUUCAACAGUAAUAUAUUGAUCUUUUUGUACCGGAUGCUCAUAUAUGGAUUUUUAAGAUAUAAACAUUUCCAAGGCCCAUAGGACAUGCAUACACAACAUCAGGAGUUUAUAACUGGACACACUGAAGUAGUUGGGUAUGAAUGUUACACGCUGCUAAUGCUACUGUGUGGACUAACAGCACUGAGAACAUUUGCCUAGUGUGCCUUAUUGCAUGGAGAAGGAACCUCUCUCUUCUGAACUUUGGCUUUCAACUUUGCAAUUCUGUUGCACAUAGACACAGAUGCAAAAGGAGGAGAAAACAAAAAAGAAAAAGAAGUCGCAGCCCUAGAAAUGAGAUAGACUUUGGCUUAUGGAUGAAUGUAAGAGGAACUUUCAACUCGGAAAGAAAACACAAGUGUAACUCACAUGCUGCUAGAUGCCUUCACCUUGAUGGAAAUCGUUACAUUCUGGUUUAACAAUUAACUCGAACAUCUCUGAAUGGUUCUCCUAUUGAAGAAAACUUUUUCUCUGGAAAAACCAACUUAGCUUUCUGCAGUCUAGAACUAAAGGUUGAAAGAUUCUCUUGCGGAAUUCUCUUUGUUACUGCGGAGUUGCAGCAUUUGUUUUUAAACAAACAGUAUAAUAUUCAUCUCAGUUUAUGGAUUUGGAGCACAAUGCAAAUUCUGUUUAGAGCUUCUUUCAUGUCAUCAGGUCAUGAGUGCCAACUCAUGUUUGCAAACCUGGAAGGGAUUUCUGUAUGCAGUACAGUACUCACUUCCCUGGAUAUGCAGGGCUCCCUAUCCACUUGCUCAGUGUUGACACUGAGCAACUGGAUCCCACAUUUUGUGGUGUUGCUUCUCCACACCCAUAUACACAACUAAAUACAUACCUCAGAUAAUAUUUUAAUUGGUUUUGUAUGCACACCCUAGGUAAAACUACCUGUGGUCAAACAUUCAUGAGUUUAAUUAGGAAUUGUGUAAUGAUUUGUUCAUGAAACAGCUCUUAUGGCAUCAGUUCUCCAAAGUAAAGGUGUCUAGGAGAAGCUCCACACUUUACAUGGCAAUCACAUUUGCCACAAGUACAUCAAGGCUCAAUGAUGAUUCCUGCAGCAGAAUCUAACAUACAAAUGACAGGCACCAUCCUGAAACACCUAUGCAAAUACAUAUGACUGCCACAUAAAUUGUGAAGCUGCAGCUAGCCCCAAAAGCUUAUGAACACAACUAAGAGGAAAUAACACCAAUAGUGGAGAACAGCAUCCCACAAAUUGCUCAUUACAUUUGUUGUUACUGAGUUAUAUCUUAUUCCAAGAAUGUAAGCAUGUUCACAUACACCCUACAUUGAACUCAAUCCCAUAUUUGUAUUGUCAAAAACUGUAGUUUUAAAAAAACAACCUAGAUUCGCUAAGUUAGGAUACAACGAUAACUCCCAGUUGCUUUAAGUUAGUAAGAAAAGCUGCAGAUUUCCUCCCCUCAUGUGUGAGGGGCAGGCUCAAUCAUGCAAACCCCAGGAUUGUGAUAACUAGUUCCAUCAUGGUUUACUGUAAUGUCUGAAGCUGGCCAUUAUUGACUGCCUCUCUCUAACAAACAUAAACACCAUUCUAACAAAGGUAUCUUCAAACUUCAGGUUUUCAUAAUUCAAUUAUUGUAUUCAAAAUGUUAAAGAGCCAUAAACAUAAAAGGUUUUCAGGGGUCAAGACCAUAUUAACCAAUAGAUUUUAUGAGGCCUUCAGUGAGUACAGAAAAAAUUUCAUGAUUAUGUUUCCUGAAGAUAGUAAGCAGUAUAAACAGGGGUUGAGGAAUUUUAGGAGAGAUUGUUGACAUCCAUGGACCAUGUUGGCUAUGAAGGAACUGUUACAGAACCUGUUAGAAACAUAUACUUACUUGGAUGGGAGUGAGGUGAAUAGUAUAGCUGCAUUGGAAGUACAGUUGUCAACACCUGGUUUUGAAUAGGGUUAAUACCUAUUAUUGCUACAGCUGACCCUGCUUGUCCAUUACUGCAGCACUGAAAUAGAAGCUAUUCAUGUUGAGCCUCUGUCUCAGCAGUAUUUAAAGCAUAAAAGCCCUCUUUGGGUAAAGAAUUGGCAGUCAUGGUUGGAAGGCGCUGCAGAACAGACUGAGUAGUUGACUCACAGGAUGAGGUUACAUCUUUAUUGGAGCAUUUGAACCCACUGACCUCUGAAGUUUUAACUAAGGCUUUAUGGCAAUUUUCUUAUCACUCAUUAUCAGCAUAUUGCUUGAACAUUGGCAAGCAGUGAGAGAUCAACUAAUCACAAAGUUAUGAACAUUCACAUGUUUACAGGAACCAAGGGGCAUAAUACUUCAUGGUUUGAACAAAACCUAAGAAGUUUGGAUUCCUCUCCCCUUUUAAUAUUGGUGCUAAUUGGCUUCAUCCUAAUUUUGAGUUAAGCCCUCAUUCCCAGUGAAGAAUUUAAGCAUAUUCCAAAGUGCUGGUUUGCAUUACUGGCCAGAGUUCAUUUCUGUGAGGAAAAUAAGAUGCUUUCCAUUGGUAUAUGUAGAAAGAGGUUUCUGGUCUGCUAUCCUGUGAAUUUUUAGCAAUAACAUGUAUUUUUUCUAUUAUUACUGCUUAUAAAAGCCUUCUAGACAAACUGCUAUUGCUGCUUUAAAACUGUGUACAAUUCUUCAUGGCAGAAGAUGCUUAGUAGGCAUAAAAGGAUUUGAGACGAUAAAGUUAACAUUGCUUCACUUGGGUUAUAUACAAGUUAGCUUUAUUUUAUGGCUUUUGAGGUCUAUGUAAUAUUAUUUUGCUCUGUAAUGAUAUUAAACUGUGUGAACUUCACUGAAUUAGGAAAGAGACAUUAAAUACUUAAGCUGUCAAUUAAAUGCUCUUCUGUGCAAGAGACUAGCUUUCAAGACAAGAAAGUCAAAGGGUUGUGUGUAUAGCUCUGUUUGUUUGUUUUUUUUGCCUAUAAUGCUCUUUUUACAGGUGUGAAAAAUCAGUGGCAAAUUUAGUAAGUGGAAGCAAAAUCAGCUUAGCUUCUUCUAUAGCAUAUGGUUUCCUCCAAUUACAUCUUCUACUAAAAUCCUUUACUCCAGUCUCUAGUGUGAGCUUUUUAUACUUUGCAUUAGGUCUUUGCAAAUAUUCGAUUCCAACUAUUUGAAGCCAAAUAAUCUACAUAGCACCCUGGGACCGUGCAACGGUGACUAUUCACAUCUCCAUGUAGUGCUGUGCUGUUCCCAGCACCAGUGGAGCCCCUUCUUAAGAAAUGGAGCCCUGCCAGCCUCAGUGUCAUCUGGAAAGGUACAUGGGGAGUGAUGCGAAGGGGAAUCCUUUUACAGCGUUUUCUCCAUAGAGUUCUAUGAGGAAAGUGCUGGAAAGGACUACAGUUCCCAGCACUUCCCACAUGAGGUAAGCGGUCAAAAUUGUUACCUCCAUCCGAUGCCAAAGGGACAGUGCAGAUUAUUUGCUUUUGGAUAUUAGGAGCCAAAUAUAUUUGCACAGGCCUACUUUGCAGCCUUUGCUGAUCUCUCAAUGGUAUUCCCUAGUACAGGAAGUGGGGGGUCAUAUUGGGGUGUAUGUGGUGUGGGGGAAAGGUAAAGCUGUAGGGCCCAAAAUAUAUAUUUGCAGCAUGUAACUGAGAACUUCAGAAAAUUGUUCCCUUCACAAACUAUGGCUGCAAUCCAGAAGGACCUGCAUUUUUAUGAGAUCUCUCAAAAGCUGUCCCCAGAAACCCUCAAGCUGCUCUUUAUACUACCCCAAACUUCCCUUUUAAAACUACUUGUGUCAAAUCCUCAUGCUGCUUUUUGAACAUGGAGUAGUUUAAAAUGUGUAGGUUUCGUGGGGGCAGCUUCGGUGAGGAAAAAUUCUCAAAAGAGAUCAAAUGUUCACAUGCCCUUCUGGAUCACUACUUAUGAAGUGUAGUUUCAUUUACUAUCACAUUGAUAAUACAAUCUGAAUUCUUCUUCUUUUUUUCUUUUGGUGGGGGGAUACCGAAUCUCCUCUUCACCAGGAAUAGUAAUUGUUCUUUGUUAUUAACAACCACUACUGGAAAAAUGAGUCCAAGUGCAAUAUUGAGAAGUACUUCAUUGUUUACUAAAUUAGCUUUUGUGAAAUGUUCCCUUUAAAAAAAUUGGUGGUAUGAUCAACUAAACUCCAUAUACAAGUAGAGACAGAGAUAUCUUAUUAGUGCACUAAAACCCUUUUUCAUUGACAGUUUUCAGAAAACUAUAUUUGUAUUCUGUGAUUAAGUUUUAAGGCAAGUUGUCUUCACAAAAAUGAAUUUCUUCACAUCUAGACAUCACUAAUGUGAAACUCUGAAAUUUGUAACUCUGCAUUAUUAUUGGUAAUAACUGCAUUUUUAUCCUGCAUUUCACUGAAGGGGUGAUUUAGAAAUAAUAAAAUACUGUAUGGGGUUAUCUUAUUUAAUCCUCACAACCACCCUGUGAGGUACCUUUUUAUAUGAGGGAUAGUGUCUUGUUCAAAGCCUCCAACUAUGCUUCAUAGAUCAGAUUUUCUGACAUUCAAACCCAAGACUAUAACCACUAGAUCACAUGGGAUCUAUAGAAGAGAAUACUUUGUACACUCCAGCAAAAAGGUGCUGGAUAACAUGCUGCAGAACCCCACAAAUGGGCUACUUACAGUCUUCACACUGCCCCUGCCCAUGUGAUUGGGAAUGAGACACAUUGAGAGUGUGCCCUCAGGACAUUCUUUGCAGACACAGAAGUAUUUAGAAUGCAUAUAGAAGGGCCACUUGGAUGAAGAGCCCACAUGCACACUCACGUGAUAAAGGGGGCACACUCUCAGUAUGUCCCCUUCCUGGUCUUGUUGGCAGGGAUGGUAUCUUCUGUAUUGUUCCACUGUUAAACCAAAUUACCCAUAAUUUCUCCAACAUUUUAGUUAAAGAGUUCUGGAUACAUUCUAUCAUAGUUGUCCCCUGUUAAGGACAGGUGCACAAAAGGACACACUGCAUUGCAGCCAUGUUUAUGUUGUUCCCCUUAGAGCCUGUCUCCACUUGACAAACUAUUCUCCCCAUUACUGCAAUCAGUGCAAUAGCACAGAGAAGAUUCUCUUUGGCACCCAUUGUACAUGAAUGGUUUUACUAUGUGGAGAAAUCCACCAACGGGAGCAAUUUAUCGAAAUAUGUUACAAUAAUUACAUAAUAAUCCUGGCAUUCGUUUUGCAUGAAGAACUUAGCCAUGAUGAGGAAAUGCAUGCAAAAUUAUUUGUAGGGUUUCUUUCCCCUCCUAACAGACAAACUCAUUCCACACACAGAUGAAAAGAAUUAGAGAGAACGCUCGCUGGAACUAUUUCUCUUCAGUUCAUGAGGCACAAUAGAGAUUGCCUUUACAUCUAUUAUUCAAGAUCAUAUUUUGUGAUGUGGGUAUUUGAGAGAAAUAUAGCUUUAAAACAUUGGAAAGAAGUAGCAUUUUAAUUGAAAUGCCCUAUUUAUUGUUCAUAAGGGCAGUUCAGCUACCACACCACCACUAGAUGUCACUAUAAGUGAAGAUUAUAAACAAGUGGCUGCUUUAUAAAUUUCGGAAUACUGAUAUGCAAUUAAGAACGUUUUGUUCCGCAACACUUUAAAUAGGUAUUCAUUUGUUUGGAAACAGCCAAUAUUCAGGAUAUUUACCUUCCUUUUUCAUUACCCAAAUUUCCAGUGUUGGUUUUUUAAGGCAAAUCUUAGAUAGGCUGUAAAGCAAUUCUGAAGGGAUGAUAUUACAAUUCCAAUCGGUAUUAUCAUUAGGCAUAACCCAAAUUAAGCACAAUUAAGUUCCAUUAGUUUAAAUGGAAGAAUUCGGCAAAAGUGCAUGUUCAAAUCUCAGAUCUUGUCUAAUUUGAAUUUUCCUGUAAUGAAAUCCUCAUGGUUACAUUGUUCUUACUUUUGUAAGGAAACCCUGCUAUGUAUACUCCCAUGACUGGUACCUUAAACCCACUGACAUCCAUCUUACUGGUGCUUUAAUUCUGAUUACUACUACUAAUUACAUUGAGAAACUGAAGUUCAAAUAAUAUACUUCAUUUCUCUCUCUCUCUUUCUCUCUCUCUGUGUAUAUAUAUAUACAAAUACAUACACACACACACACACACAGUAAGGUUUUGCUGAUUUGUUUGGUUGCCUUGCAGAUAUAUGACAGCUCUGAUCAGCAACAAGUUUUUCUGGAGGGCCAUUUAGUGAAGGGUAGUGGUCCGGCAUCUCAUCUCUUAAAAGUGCUAGUGAGUUUUGUAGCCAUGUCAUUCUCUGUGCCACUUUCACCUCUAGAUUUGCAAUUGGAUGUCCUAGGAGCCCUUUUCAGGGGCCCUGAAUUGACCCAGGGGCCUCCCAUCUCUGAACCCUUUUCUACAGUGUGCUGUAUAAUUACAUUUUUUUUAAGUGUGCCAGGAUAAGGCCUAGUUACUCAAAUGCCCUGUAAUUCAAGUGGGAUGCUGGAUCAAUCUCAAAAGUUGGGCUGCAUAUGCUCUUACUUUCUAAGAGUAAUUAUUAGUAAUAUCAACAUGCUAUGACUUGCAUUAUAUUUAGCAAAGAAUCUGAUUUAUUUAGGAAGUAUAUACAAGAUGUGCAGAUGAAUAAAGAGGCUGACAGAUUUAUAUUUAGCUACAGUGGAACCAAAUCUUACAAACUGCCCAUACAAGUCUCCUUUUUAUUUGACUAAUCCCAUUCACUGGGUUAUGAAUUAAGAAGAAAACAAAAGCUUUAAGAAUUGUGCCUCUUAUGAAGAAUUUUGUGGAAUGUAUUUACAUGCUUUAUAUUGAAAAACUCUUCUGACCUUCAGUAAAAUGUAUAGCUUUGCUUUAAAACAAAGUUAGAGGGGAAUAUUUUAUGCAAUGGACACAUUUAGCUGUUCUUGGUUACACCUCUCUGUAAAGUUUCUAACAUACAUAUGCCACAAGUGUUAUACUUUGUUGUAAUAUGGGGGAACAACUAUUUUUUAAAUGAAGGCAUUAAUACAGUAUUAUGCAUUAUUGAGUAAAAAUAUAGAGUUGUACUGAUCCAUUCUGUUUUGUAAAUGUACAACAGACACUGCACUGUUUGGCGUUGCUUUGUGCUUUAUUCUGUAGUAAGAGUUGAUAUUUGGACAGUUUAAAAAUAAACUGUUUCUUGUA